AUGACGGAAGGAGUUGAUACACAUAUUUUAAAAGCUUAUGAUAUUCAAAAACGUCUUGGUAAAGGAGCUUAUGGUAUUGUAUGGAAAGCUGCCGAUAAACGAACUAAAGAAAUAGUUGCAUUAAAAAAAAUAUUCGAUGCAUUUCGAAAUCAAACUGAUGCACAAAGAACAUAUCGUGAAAUCGUUUUUUUACGUGAAUUUGGUGAACAUCCAAAUGUUAUACGAUUACAAAAUGUAUUAAGAGCAGAUAAUGAUCGAGAUAUUUAUCUUUGUUUUGAAUUUAUGGAGGCUGAUCUUCAUAAUGUUAUACGAAAAGGAACUAUUCUUAAAGAUACACAUAAACGUUAUGUUAUAUAUCAGUUAUUAAAAGCAAUGAAAUAUUUACAUUCAGCAAAUGUUAUUCAUCGUGAUAUGAAACCAUCCAAUGUUUUAAUUAAUCAACAAUGUCGUGUUAAAAUUUGUGAUUUUGGUCUUGCAAGAUCAUUAAAUCAUGUUUAUGAAGAUGUACAACAUCCAGCUUUAACAGAAUAUGUUGCAACAAGAUGGUACCGCGCACCAGAAAUUCUUCUGGCUUCAUCAAAAUAUACAAAAGGUGUCGAUAUGUGGUCGAUUGGUUGUAUUUUUGGUGAAAUGUUACUUGGAAAACCAUUAUUUCAAGGAACAUCAACAUUUAAUCAAUUAGAACGUAUUCUUCAACAUAUUCCAACUCCAAGUCAUUCUGAUAUAGCUAGUAUUUCAUCUCAAUAUGGACCUAGUGUAUUAGAACGUGCAUCAUCUGGUCCUAAAAAACCAUUUGAUAAUUUAAUUCCAAAUAUUACUGAUGAAUCCCUUGAUUUACUUCGUCGACUUCUUCAAUUUAAUCCUGAUAAAAGAAUGUCUGCAGAAGAAGGACUCCGUCAUAGUUUUGUUGCUUCAUUUCAAAAUCCAAAAGAAGAAAUUGUUAAAGGUUAUGAUGUUGUACCUCAAUUAAGUGAUGAUAUACAAUUAACUGUGGAUGAAUAUCGAAAAAAAUUAUAUGAAUUUAUUCGAUUACGAGAAGUAUCAGCUAAAAUACCUACAGCUACAAAUUCUAAUCAAUAUACAGAUGUUCAACCAGCAAGAUCUCGUGAUAAUUCAGCAGAUCCACAACAACGUUAUGGUGCUAGUGCUUAUAUCGAUCAAUCAGAAUAUAAUUCUUAUAAACAACCGCCGCCGCCGCCAACAACAACAACAAAACAAGAUGUAAUUAAUCGAGGAGCUUACGCAAAUUAUCCACAAUCAAAUACAAAUGAAACAACUAAACCUAGACAAAUUUAUAAACAAGAUUCAGCUGAAAAUAUUUAUUCAAAUGCACAACAACAGCAACAAGACUAUACAAAACCUACAGUAUCCUAUGGUGGACUUCUUGGACGAUCAAAUAGUUAUAAUGGUUCACAAACAAAUCUAGGACAACCAAGAGUAAUAAGUGCAAAACAAAGAAAUACACCAUCCAAUUCAACUGCAUAUCAAAAAACAAAUAAUGGAAAUCUUACACGAGAAAAAACAUCUGUGGCUAAUCGUGGUUUUCGUUCAGGCUCUGCUCCGACACCUACACCACCUAAACAAACACAAAAUGGAAGUAAUAAUAGUUAUGUACGUCGUCCAACGGUUGUAUUUAAUGAUGAGCGUUCUGGUCCAAGUGAUAAAAGUACUGGGGCACAAGCAAGAGUCAAUCAAAAAUUUAUUUCAACUCUUCGACCUAAUUCAGCUGCUGAUACACGACCUAAAUCACGUUUAAAUUCAACAACAGCUAUACAACAAUCAAAUACAGGUACAUCACCAUCAAUGUUUGGUUCGAAUUAUAAUCAACAACAACAACGUCGUCCAGCAUAUGGAAAUCAAUCUAACAUGACAUCAUCGAUGGUUGCACGAGAUAAUCUUGGUGGUUAUCAUCAAAAUAUGGGUACAAUUACUCAAAAUGGUCUUCGUGUUCUCGAUGGACUUCUUCAUAAUCCAAUAUAA